AUGCAUAUCCCGUCUUUCCGUCAGGCUGCCACCGUUGGCAUGGCCGUCUAUGCCAUCGCCGCUAUCGCUGCUCCAGUUGCUGAGCCUGAGCCUAUUGAUGCAGCUGAACUUACGGAGGUGAGCAAACCAAUUCGGCUUACGGCUCUGGAGAUCUUCUUUGCUGACAACCAGGCGAUUAGCGUGCCCCCGAAGCAGCUUGAUGCUGUCGUCGCACGCAACGAAGCUAGCAUGAACGACGAUUUGGAGGCACGCGACAACAAGAAAAACGAUAACAAGAAUGAUCGCGAUCGAGAUGGAUAUCGUAACUGCAGGAGAGGUGGCAGAGGAGGCAGAGACAAAGAUUGCAACGGAUACGGCGGAUAUGGCGAUGACGAUGACUACAACUCCUACGGCAACGGGCAUGGAGGCCAAGGUGGAUACAACGGUGGAUAUGGAGACAACGGGUAUGGUGGUCGUGGCAAGGGACACGGCCAGCAGAAGAACGACAAUAAGGACGAUCAGCAGAACGGAAAAGAUCUCGGCAAGCGUGGAGAUGAGGGAGAUUAUGGCCAGGAGGGAGGAGAAGGAGGAUAUGGUAACAAGGGUGGCGGUUACGGGAAGGGUGGUGGCUAUGGAGGUGGCUAUGGGGGCAAGGGAGGCGGUUACGGCGGCGGCGGUUAUGGAGGUAAGGGAGGUGGUUACGGCGGCGGCGGCUACGGUCACGGAGGAGGAUAUGGUGGUGGUGGCUAUGGCCAUGGAGGAGGAUAUGGCGGGGGAUAUGGUGGAGGCUACAAGAAGGGCCCGAAGAAGGGCCCCUGGCGCCGCGAUGUCGAGAAUUUUGGUGGUCCCGACCCCUGGGAUUUCUACGACAACUGA